AACCACCGCCAGUAGAUGAGAAUCGGGAAUUAUUUUCUAUUCCAACCUUUCAAAGAGAGCCACGCAUCACUCUCGGAAUUAUAAUAGAUACCUGAUUGUUGUGCUGGAUUGGAGAUGUAUGAAUUAAAUGAGGGAGCUUAGGCUACAUAUAAAUACAUAGUCGGUAGUGAAUGUAUGGGCGAAGGAAAAGUACCUACAUAUAAAACUUCUAACUUAACCUAGUCUACCCGCCUCUUUGAAUUUCGCCUUAAUUACCUUAUUCGGGUCCCAUUUUAUUUGAUUUUAUUAUCUUCAUCAACUUGUUGGGGCUCUUGGGAUUUUCCAUUUUCUCAAUCUUGCAUCUAACUACAACUGAAUUGCGACGUCAAACUGCAAGAAACGGUUCGGUCCAGAGAAGCACCGCCUCAAACUUCUCCGCAAAACCUCGGGAGCUGCGCCUCGAUUCGUUCUGCAAGUCAUAUACAUCAAGUCACGUCACAUGCGAAAUCUAGUUGAAGAUGUUCUGAAAUCUGCAAUUUUUUGAAUACAUAUCUUGCGUUGCCACUCACCUGAUUGAUUUCAUGAUAUCUUAUUAUUAUUGUAUGCUAAUUGGGAUUUAUUGAGUGGUAUCAAUAUGGACGACUAUCUAUUUGAUUGGCACGUCGACUUGUGUCAAGUUGUCCAGGAGAAGACGAGCUACCUGGAGAUCUUUAAUUAUUCGGAUACGAGUUAUAAUACUUGCGACGAACACAGUUUGGUGACUGAGGAUGAUUUUCAUAAUUUCCUCCAUCAAAGUGGCACAUUUAGUGCAAGGCCAUUGAAGGAUGGAGUGAAACUACAGGAUGGGAUUCGUCUGAUUGUCCAAAAAGAUGCCAACCACGAAAAUACGUUUGCGCCCGAUCAUAUAUCGCUUGAUAAGAAGCAGUAUAGGAAUAUGGUGAACACAUGGCACCUACCAUUCAGGGCAAUCGAGGGUAGUAGCCUCGUUGGGCCGUUCUUUUGGUGCUCCCAUGACCAUAGCGAGAACGAUGAUAAUCGCCAUCUACAAAUCAUCUUCCGAAAAUCCGACGUGCGUAAGAAGGGCAAAACUCGAGGAUGGGAGAUAAUGCUGUCGUACUCAUACAAGACCGGUAUCACCUCAGGAUUCGUCAAAGGGACAACGAGCUCUGAUAUCGCGGAUUCGCUUAAGCACUUGACCGCCUGUUGUGGUCAGGCCGGUCAUCCUUUACUUCUCCCAAUGAUCAUUCUCACUCAUGAUCUUGCAUCCAAAGGCGACAAGAAGCAACGUGAUUUACGCGAUUGGCUGCGUCGUCUUGAAAAUGCCAUCACGAUGCGUAACGAGAUUGAUGAGAAGGAAGUUUAUCAGGAGUUCGACGUGGACGGGAUUAAUCGAGAUCUUGUAGAAUGUCACUCCCAGGUUCUGUGGAAGCGGCCGCAAGCUUACCAAGAAAUUGUAAAGGAGAUCAAGGGAGCGAUGGACAAGUUCGAGCAACUCCUGCCAAGAGAAGGCCAGCCCGCUGCCCUGAGGGUCCUUCAUGGUAGUAUGAUGGCUCGAUUGGAUUUCUACCGCGUCAAAUUGACAGGCAUGGAGCAUUAUAUCCAUACGACGUUGGAGAGGUUACACAUCCAACGUCAAGCACUGUACAACAUCAUGGCCCAGAAGGAAUCUAAGCUCAACCUUGAAAUUGCGUCUCAGCAAAGGCGAGUAGCACAUGCAACCAAGCGUGAUGGUACUGCCAUGAAAACGUUGUCCCUCCUCGGUGCUGUGUUCCUUCCAGGAACGUUUAUGGCUUCGGUUUUCAGUAUGACGUUCUUCGAUUUCGGUGUUGGGAGUGACGACGGCUCUGGUGGCGGAACACACGUUUCAGGCCUACUUUGGGUAUACUUUGCGGUGACGAUACCACUCACUCUCGUCAUCGUCCUCUUUUGGUACUUGAUUGACGAGAAACGCGAGAAGAAAUACCGCGAAGAGGACAGGGAGAUCGAGAAGGGUAUCGACACUAUGGAAAAGGAUAUCUUGGCUAUUAUGCGCAAGAAGACCAUUAGUAAGGCUAAUACUUGGACUUCCGGGGGACAGCUCGCGUCAGCACGCCAAGCGAGAAGAGAUAGGAUAGUAGCGAUAAAGGAAGCCGACAACGAAAUUUUCGAAAUGAUUUAAUUGGCGUUGGGGCAAAGGGGUUGCGAAAAGAGUAAACUGUCAUUUCCGAUGAUACCACAAUUCAUUAAGCGAUCGAUUACGGGUGGGAUUAUUGCU